GGUAUUACACAGAAUCAGGAUACAAGCAAACAUUAUCCUAACAUUUAUUUAAAACGUUCUUCUCAACUGAUUCAUGCACUAACUGUUGAUGCUUCUGCUGCUACAUCAAGUAAUGGUAAUGUAUAUAACUUUACAAGCGAUAUUGAAGUACAGUAUGGAGAUAUAUUAGUAAUCAAUGUAACCACUAAUAGUAAUCCAAUGUAUUAUCAACAAUACAAUGGACCAUUGAAUUAUGAGCUUGAUAGCAGUAAUGGAUUAAUACCAUUGGAACAUAAUGACUAUCCACUGAUAUCAGUUAUGAUGAAGCCAAUUCCUUCAAUUACUCAAACAUCAUCAGCUACUAUCGAGUCAACAUUCUCCUCCACUACAGAUAUUGUAAUGAUGCCUCAUGGCAUUCCAACAUCAUACCAUUCUACUGGCUUACAUCAUAGUUUAAGCACUACAGCAUCUGCUACUAAUGCCUUAUCAAGCAGUGUUAUUACUACUUCAUGGGCCGUGACCACUAGCAUUUCUGUCUCAUUCUAUGGCAGUGUAACUUCAUCAUUUUCAGAUACUUCAUCAAGCAUCAAUGCAUUGUACUCAAGAUCUACAGUUGUAACUAAGGAGCCAAUGGAAUCUACUAAAUUUAGCAUAACAUCAACCACUACAUCAAUGGAGAGCACACCUGGUCAAAGUAUAGACAGUAAUACACUGAUAAUGCUAAUAGGAGUUAUUAGUGCAGUAUUACUGGUAGUUACUAUACUAGUAAUAUUAAUAGUGAGUGUAUUAGUGUGUAGGAGAAAACAGUUGAGCACUGGUAAUGCUAAAAGUAAUACUCAAAGAGUAGUAGAUGAGCAUAAAAGAGAUGAAGGACAGAAUAUAAUAUCAAAUAUGUCUGGUAAUGCUGCUUAUGGUGUUAUUGGUGGAAAUAAAAAUGAUGAUGACUAUAGUAAUCCUGCUUAUGGAAUCAACACUAUGACACAAAGUAUUAAUGAAGAACCAUUAGUGUAUGAUAAAGCAAAAACAAUGAAUAAUAAACAAGGGGUUAUUGUAAUCCCAGCACAUAAUGAAGCAUAUACACAACAGAAAGAAGAAGAAGAGUUGUACAUCUAAUAUAUGAACAUUAAACAUACAUUAAUGCUCAUAGAGCACAUGCACACAUAAUGAGUUGCACUAAAAUAUUGAUUGUGUGGUUAGAGUAGAUUAGAGAGUACAAUAAAUUCAAAUUUGCUAA